AAAAGUCCAACUAAAGCUAAACUAGGAAUAAACAAAAACAACUCUAGCAACAGCAAGCAACAAAACGCUUAGCAACAAUGUUGCACAACAAUCAAGUGGCAGCAGCAACAACAACAACAGCAGCAGCAACGGCCUAUGGAACAGAGCCAACAAAUGCAGCAACAGCAACAAAUGCCACAAAUAACGCUGCAACGCACUUUGCAACAACAACAGCGGAAACAAAUGAAACAGUUGUUGCCAUUGUUCCUGAACUGUCAGCUGUUGUCGAAGAAGAAGCAGCAACAACAACAACAGCUGAUGUCCCCGCUCCACCACCACCAACAGCAACAUCAUCAUCCCCAGCCGCAGCCGCCGCCGCCGCGGAUGAAAAUUCAACCUCCUCAUUCGCCAUUCAGAUGCGCGCACAGCAAAGACAGAAAAUUAAGAGCUAUCACGAUGCCAAACAAACGGCCGUAUGGCGCACCGAUUCACUUGCCUCCAAUCCAAAUUCAACCAUGAUGUCGACAAUAUGUCCAUCUGAUCCAGGAUCAACAACCAGACAGCCAGUUCCAGCCGUUGCAUUAGCUUAUCCCAUGAAAGGCAUCAUCGUUUCAUCAUCAUCGAGUCUUAUGCAACGCAAAUCUUCAGAUAGCUCGCUAACAGCUUCCAUACCUCGUCGUGUGUCAUUUCCGGAAAAUGAAUUGGUUACCGGUUAUCUAGAGCCGGCCAAUCCAUGGAAACAAAUCUGCCAAGCUAAAAGCAUAAAAGAGAUCGAGGAUCAAUAUGUACAAUCCUGCCGAAAGCAUCAUACGGAGCCUUUGAAGAACGUAAUGGAGAACCUAAAGUUUCUGGAUUUGCAUCAAACGCGACAAAAUCUACUAUCGCUUAAGGGAGUUCAACUGACGCCCAAUGACUGUGAGGCCAUCGAGGAGUUGUUUAAGACGUUGCAAUACAAGGCCAUUGAUCUCUCUGAAUGCCCCUUGGAUGAGAGCUGCCUGAGUGCACUGUGUCAGAUAAUUGAAUACUAUGAGGCUGCCAAUGAGUUGGAUAUUUCGUAUAAUAGAGAAGCCAUGACCAAACGCAGUUGGGAUUCAUGCGCCUAUAUGGUGGAACGUAGCCAACAGUUGCAAUUGCUCAAUGCCGAAGGCAAUCCCAUCACAAUGCAGGGGGCCGAACAUCUUGGUAGAGCUUUGCGUUCCUCGUAUUUGCAUACCCUUAAGCUGGAGCAUUGUGGUCUUAGGGGGACGCCAUUGGUAAAACUAUGCACUGGAUUGUAUCACAAUAAAAUGCUCAAAGAACUGUGGAUGGGCUACAACGAUCUAGAUUGUGUGGAUGCCCAGCAUAUAGCCGAUACAUUGAGAUUUAAUCAUAGCAUUGAGCUAAUUGAUAUAAGCAAUAACAAUAUCAGAGAUGAGGGGGCUCAAUAUCUGGUGCAGGCUUUAAUAUUGCAAUCAGCAGAACUUGAACGUCGAUUGGGUGCUUUGAGGCGAGCUCGAGCCAUUGAGGUGGAUGAUGGAUGUGGUUCACCGACAAAAGAGGCGGAGGCAGCGUCUCCCUUAAAUGCCGCCACACUGAGUCCAAUUCCGUCGGUGCCAGAGCAAGACAGUCCUCCAAAAGCUGAGAUAAACAAAGAGGCCAUCACCGAAAUUGUUGUUCUUACACCUCAAAGUUGUCCCACGAAGGAGCAGGAGACAUUAUUGUUGCCUACGACUACUAAUACAAUUCCCACUCCCACUAAUUCUCCUGGGGGUGUCCUCACCGAUUUAGAUACCGAUUCCAAUGAUCCCGAUGAUGAUAAUACUGAGGAUACCGUACGCACUGUUAAAAAUUCCACACAAAAUUCCAGCGGUGGUCAAUCCAUGCUGGACAAACUGCUCUCAAUGAAUAGCGAUAGCAGUGGCAGUGAUGAAGCCCAUUCAAACAUAUCCACCGAUACUCUGGCUGCUUGCUGCUCCGAGGAUAUUAGCGAGAUUAGCAAUGAAAUUUUCCCAUCCGAAGUGAAAGACCUAUCCAUAGCAACAACAACAACAACAACAAGCACAGCAUCAGCAUCAUCAACAACAGCAACAACAACAACAGAAACAUCAACAGAAAGUGGGGCAAUAAUCAACUCCAAUUCCAGUUCAGAAUCAACAGCACCACCACCAGAGGAAACUGAGCCGACGAUAGUUGUGGCAGAUGUGAUGGCUUCCCAAGCCGAAGAUAGCCCAAACCUGGAGAAGCUGUCUCCAAAUAACCAAAAACAACAGCAAAGUUCCCAAAUCGAACGCAACUUAUGUGAUAUUACUCCCUCAACAGAGGCUAAACCCGUUGAACCCAAUGAAACCUGUGUACAGAAUAACAACCACAACAGCAGCAGCAACAACAACAACGCCAAUAACAAUUACAAUAAUAAUACAAUUCAAAUAGAUGCAGCUGGUAUUCCAGCGCCUGAAGAAAGUCCCAGUGGAUGCUCCAAUUCAUCACCCAUUUACGAGGUGACAGCCGAGGAGAGCGAUUGCAUCAAUGGUGCGGCCAGUAAUGGAGUAGUUUCAGGUGCAUCGUCGCGUCCCUUAGAUGUAAAUAAGAAUGCCAAUGUGGCUGGGGAUGAUUUCGAAGACACACACAGUACGGAUUCGGCUUUCGAGAGUGCUUCCGAAGGUGAUAUUAGCAGGCAUUUGCCCGAUGAAUUUAGUCGUCUGUCGGUAUUGCUGGAGAGCACCAGACUCGAUGGCCAAGGAGAUGAUAUGGCCAAGGAGAUGACCAUUGAGACAGCUACCAUAGCAUCAGAGUCCACCGAGUGUUUACUGGUGGCCCAGGAGGCAGCAGUAACACCAUCCUCCACACCUACGCCCAAGGAGGACGCAACAUUCCUGGCCCCCAAAGUGACCAUAGCGGAGGAAUGUCUGAUCAAAGAGAAGGAUGAGAGCAGUCCUAGUCCACGUCCGAGUCCAACGCUCACACCGCCGCCACCAUCCACAUCGCCGGGAGGUGCUGGCAUUGGCCUCAGACGCACUGAAUCCAGUUGUGCCUACCUAAAUCAAUCCACACGCAAUCGUUCCCAGAGCUCAGACAGCCUGUCCAGUGAUACUUCACUUGAUGGCAUUGCCAACAGUGGCAUUGCCGAGAAAUUGACCAAAAAUGAUACGCUCUCCCGCCGCCAACUGGCCGAUGCCAAUCUUGAGGCAGCACAACGUUCGCCCAGUGGCCUGAAGGCUCUCACUCUGUGGAACAAUAACCUAACCAAAAACUGUGCCGCCAACAUAGCCGAAUUGCUGGAGACGACCACCUCGUUGGAGCUGCUAAAUAUAGGCAAAAAUUGUCUAUCCAAUGACUUUGUCUCGAUCAUUAAGGAUAGUCUGACCAAAAAUCAAACGCUUACCACUUUGGGUCUCCAAAGUGCCCAUCUUAGUGCCAAGGGCAUUGAGAUAUUAUCCUCCAUUCUGACAUUCGGUGGCAAUAGCAAGCUCCAGCGCAUCGAUAUCAGGGACAAUAAAUUGGAGGUGGAGAGUCUGAACAUUAUUGCCGAUGUGCUCAAAUCGAAUAAGACGCUAACUCAGAUCGAUAUCAAUGAUGAGCCCAAGCGUCUAACGUUACCGAUAGUGCCGAUAGUAAAUGUAAUACCGCCAACACCAUUGCCCCAGGAGAGCAUUGGCAGCGAUGCCCAUUUGGAUUACACACGAGUACUCGGCACUGUGCGCUCACUGUGCUCGCGAAAUGAGAAAAUGCAAGCCCAGGAGCUGGCGGAGAAGACGACGGCGAACGUGGGCAGCUUGAGGAACAAUCGUUGUCGCGGUGGUUACUACUUGGGAUCGCGGAAGAUAUCGCUGACCUGCCACAGCCGGCCGCUGGUUGAUGCGCGAACGGGAACAGUGACCGCAACUGCAGCAGUAACCACCGCCAAUCAACUGGAGGUGAAGCGUAAAGCGACGGCACAAACAGCGACAAGUUCACGCCUCCGCUCACCGGGUCCCAGUCCGCCCACGAUAUCGCCGUCAUCCUCGCCCAAUCGCAGCCGAUUUCAUGUGUCGCGUGUAACAGAAGUGGGUUUGCCUGGUAGUUCUUUAGCGCAGUUGCCGCCGGCCAGCAGUUGCAUGUCCAUACCCACCAUUAGUUCACCAGGAAGCGUUGGAGGAGCAGACAGUGCUGGUGCGUUACCGACAUCAAGUUCUCUGCCAGCCAUGGCAUCCGUUUCCUCAUCCACACAGACCAUCAAACGUCUCUCAGUGUCACCGCGUUCGCGUUUCCAUGUCUCUCGCAUCUAUGAGGAUCCCAAGGUUCCAGUGGGCAGUCGACAAUUGCCUCCCAUAACGCCACAUACACCUCCCUUGGAUUUGCCACCCACGCCCAUGCUGAAGUCAGCUCGCAAAGCCAUUCAAGCGUCUCAGAACGAGAUAGAGGCAUCGAAACCUCUGACCACCACCACACAUGGCACCACCAAUACAACCACCAGCAGUGUGGUGAUUAUAGAGCCACCUCUUGAUGACGCACAACCGAUUAAUAGUACAAAUGUCCAGGAGGAGUCAGAGUCCGCUGCAGGUGUUGCAAAACUAUCACCGACUACGACCAACUCAUCCAGUUCGAGUUCCACGUCACCCAUUACCAGCAGCGAUAUAACCGACUCUUCAUCUGCAUCCUCGUUCACCUCAUCAUCUUCGCCCUCCUACACCGCCUCCAAGCCAUGUCCUUUGGCGGUCUUUGGUGACAAUGACAUUACCCUGACCAAAGAAUCAGCUGCUGUGGUGGCUCUCUCCAUUAAUCCGGAGCUAGUCGCAGCCCAACCACCACCCCCACCACCAGCAUCAGUAACGCUCGAGCAGCAGCCAGCCCGUGCGAGGAAAACCUCAUGGAUAGCAAAUCCUUCAGCUGUGGACAAAUUGCUAACACUAUUCAAUACGGGAACAAUAUUUCAGCGCAGCUCCUCGCCAGAGUCAAAGGUCAACAGUCAGGCUCAAACAGCAGCUGCAGCUCAACCACCUCCACCGUUAACAGCCACAAAUAACGCACAGAAUACCAAUAACACAAUUGCUGGAAGCGGCGGCCUUGAAAAUCAAGGACAAAACCAAAAUUCUUCAAUAUCGGUGACACGUAAAACCACACCACCCUCAAUAUGGAGUUGCAAUACGAAUUCAGCAUUAAAUCAAGGAGAAACGGGAUCCAAUGCGGCAAGCACCUCAUUCCUGGAGUCAGCCUCGCGGCAUGUUCGGGAUUUUGGGAAACAAGUCUUUCGCCAGAAUCUGUCGUUCAAUAAUAGUUGCGAUUUAGCUGCUGCCGCAAACUCAAACACUGAUGGCAAUACAUUGUCAUCGGUGGCACCAGGCGGCACAACUUCAUCGUCAUCAUUAUCGUCGACAAGCGCUGAGAUGCCAACAUCGCCGGCGUUGUCACAGGAAUGUAACACAGUGCAUAUGCCAUCUAGUCUAAAGCGAGAGCUCAAAGAGAAUAUUUCCCCGGAGCAUACAAUUAAUGAGGAGACAUUGCAUACCCUGCAGAAAUUCUCACGUAUGGAGGAUGUGACGGUGGCAGCGGCAACUACAGCAGCAGCGGCAGCAGCAGAAGAUGCCGCUGAAUUGGGCGACAUUGAGAUUGUUAUGCAUAGCGAAGUGGUCGAUUGUCUGCCAGUGGCCGAGCAACAGCAACCACAACAACAACAGCAGCAGCAGCAACAACAACAACCAGAAGAUUUGGCAGCGCCACAAACUACGGUUUAAGAUGUAUUUCCUGUUGCUUGCUGCCAGGACAAAAAGGACCACAAAUGUGACGUGUGCAAUUGACAAUGCUGUGCUCGAGCUAACCUAACAAUCGAUAGUUUCAAAAACCGUUUGAUAUAUCCAAAUUGCGUUAAAUUAAUCUAUAUUUUGAUUAACUCAUUUAUUUAUUUAUAUUUUUUUCAACACACUCGAACAUUUUUGAUAUAAAUUCUUUUACAAUCGCAACAAAAUUGCAUGAUGUAAAAGAAAUUACGUACGGAAUUUAAAGUCUUACAGUUCGAUAGAAAACUAGAAAUGUUUGCAGAAGAAAUUCAUCUUUUUAGACGUCUCAGCAAACAUUUCAAUUUAUCGAAAUGCAAUUCAUUUGAUUUACCUAUCAAAGCAAACACGGAUAAUGUUUGAAAAGAAAAAUACGAACAAUUAUAUAAAUUAUUUUCAAGUAAUUUGAACAAAUUUUCGAUUUGAUUAAAUCAAUUAAAAAUUA